AUGCCAUGGGAGAAAGAUGAGAUUAUUCAGUUUCGGAGGACGAAAAAGGAGAAGGCCGUGACUACUGCGGAUUUGACUCUUGAUAAGGCAUUGCUAAGGAGAUUAAGAACUGAUGCUGCUAGAAUGAGAACUUGGGUGAAGGUUAAGAAAGCUGGUGUUACUCAAGCUGUUGUUGAUGAAAUUAAACGCAUUUGGACUAGAAGUGAGCUUGCCAUGGUUAAAUUUGAUAUCCCAUUGUGCCGGAAUAUGGAUAGAGCUCGAGAAAUUGUCGAGUUUAAGACUGGAGGCUUGGUUGUCGGGAGUAAGAAAGAUACGCUUGUCAUUUACCGAGGCCAAAAUCAUCAGAUCACUCCUAAAGUUUCAGGAAAGAUUUAUACAAGAUACUAUCACAGACAAAACGCAAACCAUCACGGAAUCAAUUUGUUGCAGUCAGAAACCAAGGACAAUCUUUACGAGUUUGACUUCCAUCAAAGUGGUGCUCAUGACAUGUUGAGGUGGAAAGCUGGUAGUGGAGACUUUGCAGUAACUGAUAUCCAUAACGAAGAAGAUGUGAAUUGCCAAACUGUGACUGGAUCCUUGUAUGAGAGGGAAACUGAUAGGUUACUGGAUGGCUUAGGACCCCGCUUCAUUGAUUGGUGGAUGCACAAGCCACUCCCAGUAGAUGGUGACUUACUUCCAGAAGUGGUUCCUGGAUUUGAGCCUCCAUUUAGGCUUUCUCCACCUUAUGCUAAUUCAAAACUGACGGAUAAUGAACUUACGUACUUGAGGAGGCUUGCUCACCCUUUGCCGGUCCAUUUUGUUCUUGGUAGGAACAGAAGACUACAGGGCUUGGCUUCUGCAAUUUUGAAGUUGUGGGAAAAGAGCCUUAUAGCAAAAAUUGCUGUGAAGUACGGAGUUCUUAAUACUGACAAUGAAAAAAUGGCCAAUGAGCUGAAGCGUCUUACAGGAGGAACCCUGUUGCUGCGUAAUAAGUUUUAUAUAAUACUUUAUAGGGGCAAGGACUUCCUUCCUAGAAGAGUUACAGCUUUGGUGGAAAAGAGAGAAGAAGAGCUUAACGGCUGUCAACUUCACGAAGAAGUUUCACGGCUGAAAGCAGUUGAGGCUUUUUCACCAAUUGAUGAACCACAGCAGAACACUAGUACAAGUGGUACCUUAUCAGAGUUCAAGAAAAUCCAAAGAACGAUUUGGUAUGCCAAAAACGUCCAUGAAGAUGUAAAUGUUCAACUGGAAGCUGAAAUAGUCAGAUUGGAGAGGGAAUUGAAAAGGGGAAAGCGCCAACUAUUCAUACUUAAUAAGAAAAUAGAGAACUCAACAAAGGAAUUAUCAAAGUUAAAUGCUGCUUUUACACCUUCUGAGAAGGACUCAGACCUGGAAAUAAUGACAGAGGAAGAGAGACAAUGUUUCCAGAAGAUAGGACUGAAGAUGCGCAGUUGCUUAGUGCUUGGCAGGCGUGGGAUCUUUGAUGGUGUAUUGGAGGGCAUACAUCAGCACUGGAAGCACAGAGAAGUAGUAAAGAUCAUUACAAUGCAGAGAGUGUUUGGGCAGGUCAUCAACACAGCAACAUCUCUCGAGGCAGAAAGUGGUGGGGUUCUAGUUUCUGUUGAUAAAUUAAAAGAAGGCCAUGCAAUAAUUAUUUACCGUGGAAAAAACUAUAGACGGCCUUCAGAAAAGGGGACAAAAAAUCUUCUAACGAAAAGAGAAGCAUUGCGUAGAUCUAUUGAAAUGCAGAGAAUUGGAUCAUUGAAGUUUUUUGCACAUCAAAGACAGCAGAGAAUCGCAGAUUUGAAGCUCAAACUGGCAGAUCUCCAGCAGAGAAAGGAAGUUGAGCAGAGGCAUAAAGAAAAUUAAUAUACAAAUAUACACAUCCCACUGGUUUGCUCUUAAUUUGUCUGCAAAUUCUGGGGGACAAGAAAUAGGAAAAUUUCUCCCAAGCAUUAGUGUAUAGCAUAUUUUUGCGAGUGAUUUUGUGGGAUAUUCAAGGGUUGGCUUUGGAGGAACUGUUAAGGAUUGAAGGGGUCCUCCUAACAUUUCUACCACUUUAC